CUCAGUGGAUCUGCGUUCGACUACUCCGCCUAGGCUGCACUGUCGAGCGCAGAUCCACUGAGCGCAGCGCAAGCUAGCAAGACAGAAGCUUAGCUCGUUGCAACAUGGCAAAUUGAACCUCCCCCACCCUCAUUCAGAUCUGGCCUUUGGAACUGUUUUGGUCUUCAUGUGAAGUAUGACCCUGAAGCUAUGAUCCGCAGCAGAGCAACCACUGCUGGCACUCUCAUAAAAGAAACUUCACUGGACAACUGAGUGUGUUUGAUUACUACAGACUGGAACUUAGCAGUGCACGCCUUCAGAGCUCAAAAGCAGAAAUCUUCCAGUGUUUCUGUUUCUUCUCUAAUGGAGCUGUCUUGCGCGUCAGCGAGAUAUAUAGAGGACAGGAGACCUCACAGCUGCAAGCUUCUGGAGCUCCAUGUGCUGUUUGUGCCAGCUGACCAGUGGAAUGUGAAGCUCAAUAAAGUCCCUGCUGAAGCCACAGAGAGCUUCAUAUCAGCCGGUUUCAUCAGGGUUUAUCCUGAUGUUACCCUGAAAACUCUUAGGAGUGAGCUGGGCGCUCUCCUUGGUGCACAGAGAAGCGUCAACAAAUUCUCCUUCCUUAAAUGUGUGGGGCGCAGUCUGGCGCUGGUCAAAAGCAAACAGGAGCAAGACCUGAAAGUGAAAGUGUUCGCCCCACCCUAUGCCACGCAGCCAGAGCUUUACUUGCUGCCCGCUGUGGAGAAUGACAGCAGUGUUUGCUCUCGGUCUCUCACCCCUGACACCACCAGCACCUCCCCAGACCACCAGAUCUAUUACCACCCUCCCAAAACGUGCAGCCGGGCAACAGGAACAAAGGAGCCCAUCAAAUUCCCCCAUAUCCCCCAGUAUUCCCAUCAGCCCCCUCCCACACACCGGCUAGAAGAAGAGGAGGAGGAGGAAGAGGAAGAAGGGGAUGAUAGGAGCUACAGCUCUUCAGAAGGAGGUGGGGAGAAGGAAGGUGAAACUCUCUCCUUCAUCAGGAGAGCAGAGCAGGAGUGUUUUCGAGGGCAGGAGCAAAUGACACCCCAGCUUGCUUUGCACACACCCCAACUGCAAGGCUGCAGAGGUGGAGAUAUCCAGCAGUGUGUGGCUGAUUCAGCUCAGGUGAAGGAAUUGCCAGAGAAAGAAGAAACCUGCAGAAAGAAGAAACAUAACCAAAGAGGAAACAGAGCAGCCAGACAUUCAGGAGUAGCCGAGUCCCUGGAGGACAGAGAUUCAGGCUUCUCCCUAACAGACGGGGUUGGGAAAUCAAAAGAGGAACACGCGCUGAAGUCCAUCAGAAACAAUCGAACAGCCGGGCUGUCAGAAAGUCUAGCUCCGUUGUCUAAGCCUGCCAGAUGCGUAUCACCACCUUCAGGUUUAGACUUGGCCACAGUCACCUAUGAAACGGCUGCUUCUCCAGUCCUUCACACAAACAGGGAAGAACUAAUCAGUGAAAUCAAGCUGGUACGGGAGGAGAGAAAGCAGCUGGAGAGGACGCGACAAGAGCUCCUGCGAAAGGGGAAAGACUUGUUAGCCCAGAACAGACACCGCAGGAACCAAGCACGUGACAGCUGGAAAAAGAAAUAUUUUGAAGCCAAGAAGGCCACAGCGCCAUUGGACGAGAACUUGAGAAACUUGAGACAAGAACUGGAGACGUUUUACAACAAAGUCCUGCAUCAGCUGCAGGCCCGAGACAACAGAGCAAAGCCCAGACAUCAAGGAAGAUCCUCCAUAAAGAAUGAGCUCAUCAUUCAGAUCAUGACUGAGAGCCACGAGAUUGACAACCUGAAGAGGAAGGUAGAAGAUGCCAAGAUGAAGCUGGUAACGGAGAUAAAGUUGAGAAAACAGGCUGCCACUGAGCUCAGAGCCCUGAAGGCUGAGCUGGCUCAGAAGAAGAGUCAGUCAUCUCAUCCUGGCCUGAUGGGAAAUACUCCACGGCACGGAGCACAAGUCCAGAGCAGCGCCACCCUGUUCAGAAUAAACUGCACGUGAAAAACCCGUUUUCUGGUUUAAUUAUUU